UUCUGAGGCUGUGCUCCGGGUAAGGGUAAGGGGCCUAGAUCCUGAGAGAGCCAGGAGGUCUGCUCUGGGUGAGUGUCACUCGUUCCUGUACUAGACUGAGUAUGUAAGGCCACCCAGCUUGGCCUUCCUAGAAGGGUGACUGAGGCUCAACUCUCGCUGCCCCUGGCCAUUCAUCCCUUGAGCACUGGUCAGACGAGUCCUAAUCCCAAGUCCAAAGUGCUCUAACCUCAGUCAAGGAACAAAUCUUACUCAACUCAAGUCUCCAUUUCCUCAUCUGUAAAUCAUAGAAGACAGGAUCCCUCUGGGCUCCAUAUGAGCUGCCUCAGAGACUGCUCUGAGCCAACAGGACCCAGCAAAGAAGAGUCAGAAGAAAGGGGUAUGCAUGGAAGGCAAAGCAGAUCCACGGAACAGGAGCCCUCUGGCCUCUGGUUCUGCCUCUUCAGAGGCUGUCCCUGAGCGGAAAGCCAGGAGAAUGAGAGGUCGGAAGAGGAGGAGAUCGGUGGAUGUCACAGCAGCGGCCCAAGACAGCAGCGGCCCGGCCUCCAACUCCGCCACCUUGGAAGCUGUCUCUGAGCUGAGGUCCUGGAAGAAGAGGGGCCAGGAGAGGACCAUCUGGACGGUCAAUCAUGUUGAGGGAAUGAAACUCAGGAUGAACAAGAGGAGAAGACCCAGUUACCGUCCUGAAGACCAAGAAGCGUUCUACCGACUUCUGGAGGACCCCGUGAUCCAGAGCUUCUUGGAAGCUGACAUUUUCCUCAAAGUAUCUGAUAAGUACCUGCUUUCCAUGGUGGUGGAGUACUUCGGCCGUGUCGGGCUGCCUGGCCACCUCUACAACAGGAUCCACUUCUUCCUGGCCCUCUACAUUGCCUCUGACAUGGAGGAGGACAACCCCACAUCCAAACGGAGCAUCUUCCAGUUCCUGCUGGGCAGGGAGCACUGGCCAGCGCUCUACAAGGAGUUCCUGAAGUUGAAGGUGGAGUUCUUCCAUGCAAUGGGGCACCGUGCCUGGGUCACCCCGGAAUUGUGUGAGGAGAUCCAGGCCCAGAACCCGCAUCACUGGGUCUGGAGUCGGGAGCGCCAGUGCGCCCCUUAGGUCCCCGGGGAACAGAGCGGGGGCUGCAGGUGGUGCAGGUGAGUGCGCGUGCUCUGGGGCUCUGCAGGCAGGAGGUCCCCACCUUCUGUGCCCCUGCAGUCACCUCCUGGGCUGGUGGGCUUGAAGGGGAAACAGUACAGCAUCCCUUUGAGCAUAUUAGCAUCUAAGGGCUCUGAGAACUACCAUGAUACAGAAAGUAAUUACCGGUGUUUAUAUCAAAACUCUCCAAAUGCAUUUGACUAUGGAAUCAAGUAUGUAACACCAGAUCCCAAUUUGCAUAUCAAAAAAACUUUUUGGGAAAACUCCUGGAAAUGCUGAUCUAAGUAAUGAAAACCUCUGUAGGGUUUUGAUCUGAGUUGAAAAUUUUAAACAAAUAAAUGGAAGACGCUGAAGUCACCCUUUCUGGAAAGGGGGGUUGGUCCCCUGGUGGCUCUUUGGAGGAAAGAGAGAUUAAUUCCAACAUGUCAUCAAAAGUGGUAUGUGUUUACCUCCCACAUAAAACAAGCUUAGUAGCUGGGUCCCUGAAGGAUGU